AUGCCAAUUCGGCCGCCCGCAUCCUGUCGGCGGCCUCCGUCGCGCAGCGCCUCCGGCGGGCGGUGGGCGAGCGGGGGCGAAAGAGGACCAGGCGAUGGCGGCGGCGGCGGCGGCGUCCAGCGCAGCUCUGCACCUAGAGACAGUUUAGGUGAACUGAGAUCCAGAAUGUCAAAUGGUGAAGCUCUUGUACAAGGAGGGUUUGACAACAUUUUGCGGACGAUUGCGAAGACAGUUGCUGAUCUGUGGGAUCUUCACUAAGGCAAAGCAUUAGCUCACAAUGCCCUCUCUGUGAAAACCUUUCAGGCAGAGAUGACAGACAAGAUUCAUGACGACCUUUCAGAAAAGAUUCUGGUGUUGAAAACUCUACGGUACUCGCCCGGCAUGGUCUCUUGUGACAUAAUUUUAUAUAAGUUAAUAAAUUAAUUGAUUUAUAACAGCACGUUCUUUCUCGCUUAUUUGCAACGGAUACGUAAUAUAAUACUACUUGAACAUACAUGUGUGUGAUUUUUAACAACUUAAAAGAUUUCAUCCAAGUAAUGUUUAUGUUAUGUGUAACAGAGUAUUUGCCUUCAUCUAUUAAAUGUUUUAAAAAAUUGAACUGUUUUUGAC